AUGAGCGAUCGCGUGUCUACGGGGUCGCUAGGCGAGAGGCUUAUUCUGCGAACAUCUAGCACUCGCGGAUCUGUUCGCGAAACGCUGACAAAAGCGAUUCGGUCGACGUUGCGACGAGCGACGAGCUCCGAUCAACGCAAAUCUCAGAACUCCUCGACGCCGAUGGAAGACUCGUCGUCAUCGCCGCGUUCGAGUGCUUCUAGCACGCCGAGGACGCCGUCUUCCGGAUUCAACAGCAUGAGUCACCUGCCGCCUAUGCAGAGUCGCAAGAGCUCCGAGCCGCCGUGUAUGUCUCAGAGUAUGUCUCAGUGCAUGUCUCAGAGCAUGUCUCAGAGCAUGUACGUACAGCCGACCUCACUCUCCCUUACCGCAACGCCGCGGCUGACUCAUCGCAAGUACGGCGAUGAGCUCUCGAGAGGCUCCUGGCUGCCUUCUACUCCUAAUCUUCACGAACUUCACGAUUAUGACCACUAUGACGACUACGACGUCGACGACGGAACUUCUGUCAUUUCUUCAGCUUCCACCAGCCGCAUAUUUUCCUCUGAUCUCAGACGACGACAUCUGAAGAAUCAGUCGCUUCGAAUGUUUUUGAGUUCUCCAGGUAAGAGAGAUUUUAGAAAAUUUGAUUUGUUGAAAAUUUUGGUUUAAAAAUAAAGGAACUAUAUUUUUGAUGGUCAAAAAAAGUAAGUUUUCAAUCAACAUUUUUAAUAAUUUUUCUAUGAAAAAAAUCUUUCUUUAAUUUUUAUAAAAAAAGAGAGGUGGCAAAAAUUUUUUUGCAGUUUUUUUAACUGAGCCGAGUUUUCUUCGACAAUUUUUUUCGCUGUUUUUCUUUUUUUAUAGAUUUUUUUGUUAUUUUUUUGAACUCAAUGAAUAUCGUUCUUUUUUUAAAGUUGCCACCUAUCGAUCGUACCCUUUAUUAGACGCAAGAUUUUUCAGUUUCUUUAUUGUAGCAAGACUGAAUAUUUUAUCGUGAAAAAAAUGCCUUAAUUUGAUUAUCGAGAUAGUAAGAAAAGAACUUUUUUUGAACUUUACUUGAAAUUUUUCAAGUCGGAAAGUCAUUCAUCAUGCAGUUGUAAAAAAACCGGAAAGAUCAAUUUAGUUUAGAGAUUAAAGGCUACUGGGGGCCAUUUUUUCAAAAUAAUAAAUUUUGGUAUAAGAACGUUAAACGAAAUAUUUCAUAUCUGGGGUACUAUAACUCAUUCAGGCGGCUUUGUUCUUCGGAACAUCCUGUGUGGUGAGGAGUCUCUCGAGACGUAG